AGCCAGUGUGGCCAUCCAUGAUUUUUAAUUCAAGUUCUGACAUACAUUUCGGGGAACUACAACUAAGAUUCUUUAUUUGUGGAUAUUUGCGUUUCAAACUUCUAUUAUGUCUGCGGUGUGCUGGAAGCCAAGGCAAAAUUCCUACAAUGAGGUUCGACGAAAGAUACAAAAUUACUGUGUACCGCACCAGAAAGGUGGCUGGAAUAUACCCAAUCGUCAGGGUCGCAAGUACAGAUCCAAGUCUCAUCUCCCGUAAUCAUGCAUUUCAGCUUGUCCUGAUAGUCAGAAAGCAUCGUUUCACACACGUCAAGGCGACGAUAUUGAGCGCUUUCGGUUGAAAAAUCUAAAAAUUCACUCUUGCCGUUUGGUAAACAUAAGCAUCCUACAAGAUCAAUUGGUUUAUAAAGGGCAAAUGUCAACAAAAAUCAGCGAUAAAGAUGCAUACGAAGUUUGUUGUCGUCGCAUACAAGGAAAACCAGAAAAUCUCAAAGGGCAAAGAACACCUACUAGGAUAGAAGAACAUUCUGUUUCGCCUGAAAAAACAGACCAUCGGUACGCUGCACCCACUUUAAAAGCCCAAAGAUCCCUAGCUCCCCUCGCCCAACGUCCCGUCAUCGUUAGAAAAAUAAUGCCCAGCUGGCGCGAGGAGCACGAAAAAAAGGUCAAGGCAAAUGCCAAGGCUCAAGAAUUAGAAAAGCAGAAUAUUUUAAUACAGAAUUUGAACAAAAAACGUGAUGCUAUGAACAAGUUUCAGAAAAAUUUUGAGUUAAACAAGGCUCAGACCGUUCGUAGACGCCGAAUAAAGGAUAUCCCAUAUUUUAACCCUCCGAAAGCAAUGACGCCUGACCCUCGUCAAGAAAAUAAAAAGCCGUCUUCUGAAUAUUUCGAGCAUGCUUUGCUUAAGCAGGUUUCCAAAGAAAGACUAACUAGCAAGGACUUCAAGAGGAUCAAGCGAGUCCAUACUACCUUUGGCAUUUACCAAAAGAGAGAGGAGCAGGCAGGGAGCAAGGAGGCUCAAAGGGCCUCAGAACAUUUCGGCCCAAUGUUUGAGAAGACGACUACUGUGGCGCCCGGGCUGCACUCUGCUUUGAAGAGCAUGCACAAACUGGAAGCUUCCAAACUCCCCACAAAAUCAGCUCAGCACACAGAUCUUUUUAAUGAAAUGCUUAAGGGUAAGGCCGUCAAGUAUUCCGAGUUUAAUCCUCUUCUUAAAUCAUCUCAACGACUUAAAGUUGCAUUACCGAAAGAUAAUACAAAGAUAAGUAAGCAGCGUGAAGGGAAAACCACCAAGGUCGGAGCCAAGUUUUCAUGGGGGCUUAGGAAAAAGCUUAGAAACUGGCAAAAUACCGGAAAUAAGAGCUUUAAAGAUCUAAUAAAAGGCAACGAUGUUGAGAUGCCCGAACGCAUUUCAGCAUUGAAAAGCCGGACUCGAUUGGGUUCUCAGAUAAAGCAGGAAGGAAAAAAGGCAAAAACAAAGAAGUCCCAGCUGAAAAAAAAGCUAGAACCAAAUUUUGGAUUUCGUACUUUCGAGACCUACAGGCAUUUUAAUAUUACCAAUACAAGAAAGGGUCCGACAAAACUAUUCCUGGAAAUGCUGAAGGGCAAAGAAACAUUAAUGCCAGAACUCAAUCGGGCAUUGACAAGCAUGUACCGAAUACAAGAUGAUAGUAAAGAUCUUAAAGAAUCACAUAGCGACCUAAAUCCGGUAUUGCUAACCAAGAAAUCAGUAUUAACCAAAGAUCGAACAGUUUCGGAAACUUUUGAAAAAAUAGCGACAGCCAAAGAACCCGAAGUCUUACGACAUUUUGAGAAAAUUCUGGCUUCCAAAGUCUGUAGAUUGCCAGACAUUCGCGGAGUACUAAAACGCAAGGAAAGGUCUACUAGGGCUCGACCACAAAAAUUCCAAUCCAGUUCAUCCAGUGAUUUCGAAUAUUUCUCGCUUAAGUCAAAUCGGUCUUCAAGGCAUCACCUUUCGUUUUCGUCUGGGAAGAAGAUUAACCUUAAGAAAUUUUAUCAGUACAUAAAGAAUUCAAUGCCAGAUCGGAAAAUAUAUUACCAGAUGAACUCAAAGAAUCCGAUUUCCUACUUGACCAGCGAGAAAAGUUUUUUUUAUCCAAAGACACCCAGUCUAACCUCAUCGGAUAAAAGCCAGCGAACUGUCGAAUCGGUAAUCAGCACAACGGAUUUUGCCCAGUCCAUGCUACCGAAACAGAAGAGGGAGGAAAAUAAGGGUUUUGAAGCCAUAGACACAGACGAAAACUUGUUUGACACUUUUCCGGAGGACCACGAUAUACAUGAUGGCUUAAAGAAUACAAUGAACGACAUCAUAGCUAGCAUUGCAAAAGUGGACAAAGCUCAAAAGAAAUCCCAGCCAAAGCAGGAGAAGAAAAAGUCAAAGCCUAGUGAAAGCACUCUGGAAGCCACGGUCAACCGACAGAGCAUCUUGUCCAUAAAGUCGGUGGGCGAGGAGGUCAAGACCCGUGAGAGCCUGGCACUCAGGGAGCUGGAUUUGCGGGAACAGUGGCGGCAGAGUUUCCUCACUGAGGAGCGGGCCUCUGUGCAGGCACGCAUCCAGGAGCUGAUGGAGGAGGUGGCCAUACGCAAGGACUUUCGACCCCCGAAACCCGCAAGAGAUUUUGUGACUGAGAACAUUCUUACGCUUCGUAACAGUCGGCCGACCAAAAAAUCACACUUAGAGGAGAAGGUGAAACCGCGAGGGAAGUUCGAAACCUUGAGUGAAGUUUUGACGGUGCCCGAAGACCCUGUAAAUCUUUCAAGAUUCUCUGAAGAGAUCUACAACAAGUAUUUCCAGGAGUGGCCCGAGGAGUUUGCCUCUUCGCGAAUGGAUUCUCUGAAGCCCGUAAGAAUACGUCGGUACUCUGACAGAUUGUGGAAAGGCCAGAUGGGUCCUUAUCAAGCGGAGAUUAAGAAAUCCUCGCCAGAAGAAACAGUUUGUAUGUUAACUGCAAGGAAAAAGAGAAACUGCUGCUCUUGAGGCAAGGACCAACAGGACUCGGAAUUUAAUUAAAAAAGCAGCGAACUUCGAUCAUAUAGGAGAUGAACAGGAGAUGUGUUUACCAAAGAGCUUGUAAUAUUUUAAAUAUAAGUUCGUAGUCGGUAUAUUUAAGGUUGC